AUGGGGAAUAAAUAUCCAAUAGGACCAACCGACAGUGAUAUCACAAUAGACGACAGUGACGUGCUUUUUGACGUUGACAAAUAUUGUGGGGUCAUCACGUUGAACCGGGCCAAAAAGCUCAACUCAUUAAAUAUUUCGAUGAUUGACAAGCUUUUCCAAUUUUAUAUCACGGAAUCGAAAUCGAAGGUGAACUUAUUUAUCCAAACUUCUGCGACUUCGAGAGCGUUUUGUGCUGGUGGCGAUGUGGUGGCCCUUGCAAAGUUUGACAAUGCUGGAUAUCCUGAAAACAGCAUUCGAUUGUUUGUGAGCGAAUACUCGAUGAAUUAUUUCUUGAGCCGGUUCAAAAAACCGGUGGUAUCGUUACUCAAUGGGAUCACCAUGGGAGGAGGGUGUGGGUUAUCGUUACAUUCGCCAUUCAGGGUGGUUACUGAGCUGACAAGACUCGCGAUGCCAGAGAUGGCGAUUGGAUUUUUCCCCGAUGUUGGCGCCAGUUAUUUUUUCAGUAGGCUCGAAGGGUAUCUUGGAUGGUAUCUUUGUUUAACCGGGGAUAUUUUACAAGGAUAUGAUAAUAUGUUCGCGGGGACCGGGACCCAUUUUGUUCGUAAUGAUAAGUUGGGGGCAUUGACCAAGGCGUUGGUGGCAAUAAGUAAUGAGUACGGCGACAAGUUUGAGGUGGGAAAAGUUACUGGGUAUUAUCAUGAGUGGUACGGUAUAGUGAAUGAAACAAUUGAAUCGUUUGCGGAAACCGCGCCCCCGGGAUACCAGUAUCAGUAUUCAACGGAAGAGUUGAAGAUUAUUAACGAGAUGUUUUCGUCAACUACCACGAUCGAAGGGGUGUUUGAGUUUUUGGAAGAUCUUGUUGCCAAGAAAAAUAACUGGUUUGCUAAACAGACGUUGAAGAAGUUUGAAGAUCGGUCAUUGUUAUCGAUCAAAAUCGGGUAUAAGAUCCUUCAAUACGGGGCGACCCAUGAUAAUUACCAAGCGCUCUCAGAAGAGCUCACCUUAUCGAACAAUAUGAACAUAAACCACGAUAAGCUAGAUCUUACGGAAGGGAUUUUCAAGAAACUUAUUUUGAAGACUAAUGAUCCUGAUUGGAAGUUCAAAAAUAUCCAUAAUAUCCCCGAUGAGUACGUGGAAAAAUGGUGUUUUCUGCCAACAAUCGAGCGGUUCGGAGCGAUCCACAAAUUCCUGGGAAACUGGGCAUUAUAUCCUGAUUCUCAUGAUUAUGUGUUGAACAAAUUCACCUUACCCACGGAAGCCCUAGUGGAUGAGUAUCUUGAUCACCAUCGCGACUACAGUGUAAAGAGCAUUGUCGAUCAUUUGCAAGGGAUCUAUCCGCAGUUGAAGGCUAAAAGGGGAAUCACGGAGAAAGUAGAGUUUAUUAUGAUCAAUAAGGGGCUCUUACAAAACACUUCAAGCUCUAAGUUGUAG